GGAAAGACGUUCGCCUCGCUCGCGGACGCGGUGAACGCCGGCGUCGUCCGCGGCGUCGGCCCGUUCCCGGACGGCGUCGACGCGUUCGGGUUCUUCAACGACAUCAAGGAGACCGAGGCGCAGAGAUACGCGGACGUGGAGAUCACGCACGGGCGCGUCGCGAUGCUCGCCGCGCUGGGGUUUCUCGUCGGCGAGUACGUCGAGGGGUCGUCCUUCCUCUUCGACGCGCAGGUCACCGGUCCGGCCAUCAACCACUUUCAGCAAGUUCCGCCGCUGUUUUGGGGGCUCAUCGGCGCCAUCAUCUUCGUCUCGGAGUCCUCGCGCGUGCAAAAGGCGUGGCAGUCGCCGUUCGACGCCGCGGAGCUGUUCCUCAUGAACCCCGACCACGUCCCGGGGGACUACGGCUUCGACCCGCUCGGGCUGUCGGCGGGGAAGGACGACGCGUGGCUCGCGGACAUGAAGCUCAAGGAGCUGAACAACGGCCGGCUCGCCAUGGUCUCGAUCCUCGCUAUGGUGAUUCAGGAGCUCCGCACGGGGAUUAACAUCCUUCCCGCGGACUACGCGGAGUUUUUCGGCGGCACCGGGGCGCUGCAGACCCUCGAGGAGAAGUGCGCGGGGGCGCCGGACGAAGCCGCGUGCGCGAAAGCCUUCGAAGCCGCGGAGAGAGCCGCG